AUGGUGUAUGGCAAGAGGUGCCACCUACCGGUAGAACUGGAGCACAAGGCUUUUUGGGCAGUCAAUAAGGUGAACUAUGACUGGAAUAAAGCAGGGCAAGCAAGGAGGCUUGAGAUUCAAGAGUUAGAGAAAAUCAGAAGAGAGGCAUAUGACAAUGCAGUUCUCUACAAGGAAAGAAUGAAGAAAAGCCACGAUGCCCUGAUCACCAACAAGCAGUUCAGCUUUGGGCAAAAGGUACUUUUGUACCAAACUCGGUUCAAAUUUGCCAAAGGCAAGCUGAGUACUAAAUGGACUGGACCAUUUGAAGUACAAGCCCAAUUCCCAAAUGGGGCCGUCGAAGUCAAGAAUCCAAAGUCAGGAGCAGUGUUCAAGGUGAAUGGACAGAGACUGAAAGCCUAUUAUGGGCACAAACCAAACAUUGGGGCGGAGCUAGAUCCUUCCCUAGCAACAAAUCACCUGGGAUAA